UUUUUUCCACUUAAAAAAUGUGAUAAAAAAGCAAAGAUAAACCAAAAAAAUUACUCAACUUUUUACAAUCACCAUGAAAUUCACUACUAGAAACUUAACUACAAACUCCAUAUCUCUUCCAUUAUUCUUGUACAAAAAUCCAAAAUCACCUUCAAUUAUCAAAUGGAUUCCUCCAUUUCAGUCUAUUCGGGUCAAAUUCCGGGUCGGACUAUCCAAUGGAUCGGCCCAUUUAACUCAUUCAUCAGUACAUGCUUCACCACCUGCUAUUCAGUCAGAUGUUGAUACAAAGUUACAAGUUGUAGAGGAAACUAUAGAGAAGGUGAUUUACAGCUGUCGUUUUUUUGCAAUUCUUGCUGUCUGGGGUUCGUUAAUCGGAUCAUUUAUUUGUUUUAUCAAGGGUUGCACUUAUGUAACAGCAUCAUUCCAACAGUAUUUUGUAAGUCGAGCAAAGGUCAUAUUGUUGCUUGUUGAGGCUAUAGAUAUAUAUCUCUUAGGGACUGUGAUGUUAGUCUUUGGCAUGGGUCUAUAUGAGCUCUUCAUCAGCAACCUUGACAAGUCAAAAUCAAUGUCAGAGGAAAAAUCUCCGUAUCAAUCAAAUUUGUUCGGUAUAUUCACGCUAAAGGAACGACCAAAAUGGUUGGAAAUAAAAACUGUUAGCGGAAUGAAGACUAAAGUCGGUCAUGUCAUCGUGAUGCUUCUUCUCAUUGGUCUGUUCGAAAAGAGUAAGAAGGCUGUUAUACACACGCCAUUAGAUCUCCUUUGUUUCGCAGCUUCAGUGUUGGUUUGCUCUGGCUGCCUAUAUCUGCUUGCAAGACUCACCGAGGAGAAUUGAUCAUUUUUAGGUUAUAUAAUUUGUACAGUCCUAAGUUGCUCGGACUCUCCAAAAAUGUUGCCACACCCGUGUUGGAUCCUUAAAAAAUACAGUAUUUUUGGAGGAUCCGACACGCACUCGUUAACAUUUUUAAAGAGUCCAAACAACAUAGAACAGUCCAAACUGUCUCAAUUGACUGGUGUUGUGGAAGCUUUGCCUGAGCUUAACAUGUUCUUUUCUAAAUGUCCAUAUGUAUAGUUUGUAAUGAGUGAUGUUAAACAACAAUCUCCUACUUAUCUUAUGAUCCAGAACUAUGUUGAUCAGGCUCUCCGAAAAUGUUAUCACACCCGUAUCGGAUCCUCAAAAGAUGUACUAUUGUUGGAGGAUCCGACACACACCUGUGGCAUUUUUAAAGAGUUCGAGCAACACAGAUUCAUAGCUUGUAUAAUCUUGUAAAGAUUUA